UUUAUCAGAUCAAAUAGGACAUAAAUACUGUGAUGUGCAGAAAUUUUUUGGUACGUGCUUAAAGUUGUGCAGGGGCUGAAGACGAUACAUGCUGUUGAAGGUUUUUGGUAAAUUUCUAAAAGAGUAAAUUCAGUCUCAAAGUUGAAAAUUCCAUUUCAAGAUGGCGGCAUUGCAGGUGUUCUCAGCGUGGAUCCUCCUCCUUGUCUAUGUCCAAGGGUCCUUGGCUUGCAAGGUGGAUUUCGAGAAGGUAGGAUGUUACCGUGAUGUAACCAGGCCGUUACCUGAGCUGAUCAUGACAGAUCGUGACCCAUCCGACAAGGAACGCUAUUCUGGUAUUAUGUUCGAUUGGAGAGACUUUGAAGGAUCAACUAGAAGUUUGAUAUGCCGAUGCGCAGCCUUGGCACGAUCAAGGGGAUACCGUUACAUUGGAAUCCAGUACUAUGCCGAGUGCUGGAGUGGCAACAAUCCAAACUUCUCACGUGAUGGUAAAGCUGACACCUGUAUGCAAAGCUACAAGUCAUUUGGCGAAGUGAUCUGUGACUUUGAUUCACCGAUUGACUGUGUUGGAGAAGCAAAGACGAACUUUGUUUACGAUCUGCUUGAUUGCCGGGAGAUCGUUGAUGUUGCAGUUCUCUUGGACGUAUCCAGCAGCAUGGAAGGACAGACUAUGAACAUCGCGAAAUCGUUCCUCAACAAUCUCGUCAAUACCCUGAACAUCUCGCGUUACGGAGCCCACAUAGGUCUGAUUACCUUCACCCACAAAGCGACUUUAAAGUUUACCUUUAAGAAUGCUCUCAACAAAGGAGACUCCGUCGAUGGCUUUAAGAACGUCAUAAACCAGAACAUAUCUGGCAUGAGGGGCAGCACGUGGCCUGAUACGGCCCUCAAGAUGGCCGACAGUAUUUUGUUCACCGAGGAAGGUGGUUCAAGGCCUGAGGUAUCGAGGUUUGUUAUAACCGUUACAGAUGGAUCGCUUCAUCAGGACUCUGUUAUUACUCCAAUCAUGCUCAGCUUACAGUCGAGAAAGAAGGUCCACCUGAUGUCUGUUGGUGUGGGUAGCGUCGUCAAUGAACGAGAUCUGGUUGCAUUGGCAUUGUCGCAGAGGCAGAAUGUCUUUAACGGUAACCAUGGUGACGCCGCUCAAAAAGUAGUUGACAGGAUCCAAGAUAUUAGUCAAGAAAACUGCAAGAAAAAGAUAACAAUUACAAGGAAUAAGUAAGACACAAGAGAGAGUGACCACUCGAGACUUCUAGACUACAACAGUAAGAUAAACGAAGAAAACUGAACUAGAUAGAGAGGGAGAUAGUCAACCACUGCGCAUGCUCAUUGCCCAAGCCCCAUACACAAAUUAAUAUGCUGUUUUGGUUUGUUCAUGUUUGCUAAGCUACUAUUAAAUGUCCACAACACUCACU